CGCCAUGAUGUUUUCCAAGUGGAGUGCUAGCUAACCAGUUAGUUUAGCUCCCAAAGCUUGAGGACUACAGUAGAAAGGAGGUGUUGGGGAUGGAUGCAUUACCCCCCCUACGUUGUAUAUAUUUGUCGAGCCUAAGCGGAAUGUGUCGUCUCCCUCCCGAUACGUGUUAGUGCUGGUGGGGGGCCAGCGUUGUCGAAUUAUUUAAGAGAACGACAGGGUUUUCGUCCCAGUUUGGAAAGAUUAACGCUAGCAGGCUGUUUUGGUGGUUUACAGCUAGCUCCUCCUUGCUCUCCCAACGUCUCCAGCCUCAGGAAUGUUCUCAAAAAAGACUCAUGGAGACGUUAAAAAAUCGACACAGAAAGUGUUGGACCCAAAGAAGGAUGUGUUGACAAGACUCAAACAUCUCAGAAUCGUCAUAGAAAAUUCAGAGGCAGCAGAUCUGAAGCAGUUCUUCGACCUGUACUAUUCCCAUAUCUAUUAUGUCUUCUUUGAAAACUUUGUCACCAUUGAGGUCAGCCUCAAGCAAAAAGGUCAUAAGUCUCAGAGGGAGGAACUGGACUCGAUUCUCUUCAUCUUUGAGAAAAUCCUCCAGCUCCUGCCAGAGAGAAUCCAGAGCAGGUGGCAGUUCCACAGCAUUGGGCUUAUCCUCAAGAAGCUGUUGCAUACUGGGAACUCUCUAAAGAUUCGCCGUGAGGGCGUCCGAUUGUUCUUGCUGUGGAUGCAGGCACUACAGAGCAAUGCCGAGCGCGAGCAGCUCUGCAUGUUUGCUUGUCUGAUUCCCGGCUUCCCGGCUCCACUCUUCCGCGGGAUCCCACGUACCUUGGAUACGCUGAUCAACCCACCCCUCAGUUUGACAGAGAUUCAGGUGACUCCAGAAGAAAUCACUCCAUUAGUUGCUCCCCAAUCAGGUGAUAAAAACCAGGAGGAUCUUACUGCAUACUUCCUGGAAGCUCUACUGAAAUACAUGGUAAACCAGGCCAAAUCUCUGGAGUGGCGAUGCAAAGAGAACCAUGAGCGUGGCUUCAGCUUUCUCUUUGAUCACUUCAGGAAAUUUUAUCUUCCUCAUAUAUUCCCCAACUUCGCCAUGGAGACGAGCCUUUACAGUCCCAUGUUAGAUGUGCCUCCAAUGCGUCCCAAGCCAUCCUACAGUUUGGUGCGCAGAGAGCAGGAUGGGGGGGAAAUGCUGUACUGCAACAAGGAGAGUUUCCUUCAGGCCAGAGUCAUUUUUAUCCGCUGGCUGGUUUCCUUUUGGUUAGAACCACGACCCAACACACAAACACACAUCCCAGGAACAGAGGGGGAAAUUGUCCCAAAGAACAUACAGAGAGCAGCAGCUGGACUGGCUGCGCGCUCUGCAGGCAGCUCGGAUGACAGCGGAGGAGGAGGCCUGCGUUCUGACAGUCACCUGGAUUCCAGCGGGAGCUCCUCAGGGCCAGCAGGAGGAAGCACGGGGAUCUGUGGAGGUCUGGGUGCUCCAGGAGAACCUGAACAGAGCCACUCCAACACCUCCACGCUGACAGAGCGGGAGCCCAGCUCCUCCUCGCUGUGCUCAAUUGACGAAGAGCAGCUGACAGACAUGGAAGUUGUGCGGAGAGUGUUGACCAGCUCCAGAACUAAUGUCAACUUCAUCACAGAGAUUUUUAGACAGGCCUUUCUCCUGCCCAUGUGUGAGGCAGCUGCAAUGCGAAAAGUGGUUCGUGUUUAUCAAGAGUGGAUCUCCAUGGAGGACAAGCCUGUGUUUAUGAAGGAACCAGAAGAAGGCCCGUACACAACACCUGCCACUAGUAAUCUGGAAACAGGGUCACAGCUUGCAGAUAAAGAAGAUGAGGGAAUGGACAAAGAGAUCAACAGAGAAUUACUGGAGUACAGUGUUCAUGCUGGCGUUCAGACAACACUCCAGGUUUUUAUCACCCACUCCUCCAACGUUUUCCUCCUGGAACCUGCCAAUGACAUCAAGAUCCUUCUAGAGGAGCACGUGGACAUGUGCAAGCGAGUCCUGAACAUCUACCGCAGCCUUGUCAUGCAUGAAACUAUGGACCAGAAAACAUGGGAGCAGAUCUUACUGGUUCUGCUGAGGGUGACAGAAUCUGUGAUGAAAAGACCGCCGUCCAUCAUGCCUCUGAGCAAGAAGAGCAACACGCUUUCAGGCAGACUUGCUGGACCGAUCUUUCAGACACUGAUCGUUGCGUGGAUUAAGGCAAACCUGAACGUCUACAUAAGCAGAGAGCUGUGGGACGACCUCCUGUCUGUGCUCUCCUCUCUGACCUUCUGGGAGGAGCUGGUCACUGAGUGGUCGCUCACCAUGGAAACCCUCACAAAGGUCUUGGCAAGAAACUUGUACAGUGUUGAUUUGAAUGAGCUGCCUCUGGACAAACUCAGCGAACAGAAACAGAAGAAACACAAAGGCAAAGCUAUCGGUUCAGAGGGCCAGCGGCAAAUAGUGGACCGCUCCUUCUCUAAAGGCUGGAGCAGAGACCAACCAGGUCAGGCAGCAGCUAUGAGGCAGCGGAGUGCCACCACUGCUGGUUCACCAGGCAUCGAAAAAGCCAGGAGUAUUGUUCGCCAGAAGACUGUAGCCCUGCGUAGCUGCUCUACAGGCGACUCUCUGCUCUCCUCAGCCUUUAUCCGCAGUGCUAAGAGUGCUCCUGCUCUGGCUCCGCCUCUUCCUGUCCUCCUUCACCACCACCACCCCUUUCUACCCCCCCUUGCCGACCAUCUGGCAGACCUCGAGGAUCCGCCAAUCACCCUGACGUCCCGCAUCUCUCGAAUGCGCCAUUCAUCUCAGAGUGAUGAAGCCCCUCCCACAUCCUGCUCCGAGGUCUUCCAAGGAGGGGCUUGUGACCUCGAUCCACCAGCCCCGUCGUCCCUGGCGCGGAGCAGCAGUGCCUCUGACAUCAUGGAGCCUUUCAUCGCAGAGCGGGUCAAAGGUGAAGACCCCCGCGGGGAUCCCGUUUUGAUCCCUGAUCUUUCCCACGGCAGCUCCACAGCCACUUCCUUACUUGCAACCAACAACCACACAGCUCAGUCCAUCUCACAACCCCUCACCUCCCCUUCUCCCACCCCUCUUACCUUCCCUAACGGUGUUGUUUCCUCGCCUCCAGAGGCGCAAGAUGAUGCUAGUGUUUAUGACCAAUCCAGGCCCCAAGUUGGUUCUCAGAGCCGCGGUUCUAGCUCGGAUUUUGACUGGAACUCCGCCUUCAACUUUUCCUGCGAAAAGGAAGUUGAUGCAGAAGAUGGUGAAGGUGGUGCUGAGGGGGAGGAGGAGGAUUUAUUCUCCGCGAUUAGGGACUACCUCAUUCAAAAGGGAGGUGAGAGGAAGGAGGAAGCUGGAGAGGCAAAUAGUCCAGCUGCUGCUUUAGAAAACAUGGCUCCAGCAUCUCCUCUGGUGCAAACCGGGGUGGCUAGAUCACAGCUGGAGUAUGCAGGACAACCAAGAGAAGCAAAGCAGGUGUUGAGGGAGGUAAGUAAGUCAGUAAGACAUAGCAGUGUGGAUUCCACAGAGGAGAAUGAGGGAGUACAGCGUAGUAUCUAUGAGUUCCUGGAGUUACAAUGUCAGUCGCCGACUGCUAAAGCCGCCUCCGGCUUAGAAAAAACUAGUCUGGACAAAAGGGAAAUUGGAGGAUUAAAUGGGAAAUUUGACACACAGAGUCGAUUUGGACAAGACAACCCACACAAAGAAGUCGAAACAAACGACAAGUCCAGUUUUGUUAGACAAGACGCAAUUUCUGAUGAAUCCACCCCAGAGUCAACCGACCCAACCAAAGUAAAGAUGUCCCGUAGCACAAAGAAGCUCAAUCCAGGAAGUGUUCAUGUCAGCUUCCGUCCCUCAACUGAGUCGGUCCAGUUCCACAACCCACUUGAGAAUAAGGAGGCUCACUGGAAAGCCAGGCUGCGACGCCUGAGUCACUUCCAUACUUACAGUCACUCCGCUGGAGAAAGGGCAGGGGCUGGAGCUGCAGGGAAGCAGGGAGCAGGGGCGUCAGGUAAGUUUAGCUCUGUGGCUGGAGGUGGAUAUAAAUCAGGAGUGCAUGAGAACCUGUCCUCUGGGACUGUUCCAGAUUGCAGCUGGGCUGUGGAAAGCAGGCUGGGGGCUGCAGGGGAGAAGGGCAGGCAGCAUUCCGGAUCACACGUUGGAUGUAGCCUGGGCUCCGAUGUCCAGUCAGAUGUUUUUGGUAGUUCAGGUUCCUCGGGCUCCUCCGGAGUGCGUGGACGUUUGGGCCGCUCUGCCUUGCGAUCUCGAGUCUCCCGCUCACGCUCCCAGGAGCCCGGAAGCACUACCUCACGGCACCACCAGGGGGCCCUUCUCGGUGGGGUCUAUAAGACUGUUGUCCAUGCUCUGUCCUCCAAACCUCGACCUAGAGGUCAGGGGUCAUCCCAGGGCUCAUCGCCACAGAGGCAGGGUCGAGCUGCCAUGGGUGACGCAUCGCUUAAGGAUCUCUACUCACACGUCCUGGGCUACUUUGGACGAAAGACGACCACGCCAGCCAACAAAGAGGAAGUGGUCCCAAAGGCCCGACCGGUCUCCAGUGAUGUGGGAAGCAGCAACCCCAACUUCUCUGAUCUCAUGGAUGAGUUUAUUCAGGAGAGACUCAGGGCCAAGGGCACAGUGGGUCGUCGUGGCAGCAGCCCCGGAAGUCUUGAGAUUCCCAGAGACCUGCCAGAGCUCCUGGAAGCUGGCCAGAGCUCUGGGUCACGGCCCUCGGACGAUCUCCGGCCUGCUGACGAUCCCGGGGUGCCCUCCGAGUGGACUUCACCUGCAAGUGCCAGUGGAUCUGAUGUCGUCAGCUCAGACAGCCAGUCGGACUCCUUUAAUGCCUUUCAGUAUUCAACCUGCAAAUUUGAGAAUUUUACUUUUAGUUCAGAUACAUGUGGAGGAAGUGGAGUUGGAUCUGGAGAAGUUGGAGAAGGCGGUCGGGGCAGCUCCCUGGACCAGGACAGUCUGGGUGGGGGUGUUGCCAGCGAAGAGCACGAAGUGGCCAGCUUAACCACUCUUCACAUCGACUCAGAGAACAGCAGCCUCAGCCACACAGUCACCGUUACUGGUUCUGAGAGCGCCUCACCAAUGCACUCACUGGGGGGCUCUCGUUCCCAGACACCUUCACCCGCUACGCUGACAGCAGAACACUCUGAUCACACACAUUUACAGCUGGAUCAGAAACUUCACAACUCUGUCCUGCAAACCCCAGAUGACCUAGAAACAAACGAGUUCCCCAGUGAGGACUGCAGUGUGAUGGCAGGCGGUUCUCUAACUGGAUGGCACGGAGAUGUCGCCACAGUGAUGUGGCGGAGGAUGCUUGGUAUCCUGGGGGAUGUUAACAGCAUCAAGGACCCGGAGAUCCACGCUCAAGUCUUUGAUUACUUGUGUGAGCUUUGGCAAAACCUAGCCAAGAUCAGGGAUAAUUUGGGCAUUUCUUUAGACAAUCAGUCCUCUCCUCCGCCACCUGUUCUGAUCCCUCCACUAAGAAUCCUCACCCCCUGGCUCUUUAAGGCCACCAUGCUGACAGAGCGCUACAAGCAGGGUAAACUUCAUGCCUACAAGCUAAUCUGUAGAAUCAUGAAGAGACGACAAGAUGUUUCCCCAAACACAGACUUUCUCACACACUUCUACAACAUCAUGCAUCAAGGACUACUGCACCAAGAUCAGGAUAUUGUGAACACCAUCAUCAAGCACUGCAGUCCGAGGUUCUUCAGUAUCGGACUCCCAGGAGCCACCAUGCUCACCCUGGAUUUCAUCAUUGCAGCUUCGAGAGUCACCGCCUGCUCCUCACUCAAUGCCCCAAGAGUGGAGGCGCAGAUACUUCUGGGGUCGUUGGUGUGCUUUCCCAACUUGUACGAAGAACUUCCUGCUCUUCAUCCAACCACCGCUGAUGUGGUUCUCACCAAGUUCCCCGAUGUCAAGGAGCACAUUAUCAAAACUAUUCUGACUGCUGCCAAGGAUGAACCCUCUGCUCCUGCAAGGUGUGUUGCUCUGUGCAGUCUGGGAAUCUGGCUGUGUGAGGAGCUGGCUCAUGGAACUCAGCAUCCGCAGAUUAAAGAUGCUCUCAAUGUCAUCUGUGUUACCCUAAAAUACCCAAAUAAGAACGUGGCCCUGGUGGCAUCGGACAUCCUUCACCUGCUGAUCAGUUAUGUGGAUCAUCUUGAGAAGUUCCCCACCUACACUCCAAAGAAAAUUGUGGAGAUUCUGAUUGCCACCAUCACUUAUUUGCUGCCCAGUACCGAUUCCUCUCCUCAUGAACUGGAUAAAAGGCUGGUAGUCUCCCUGCUUUUGUGUUUGAUGGAUUGGGUGAUGGCUCUGCCUCCAAAGACUCUCCUCCAGCCGGUUCAAACUCAAAGUCCCUCUGAGAAGGAGCAGCCUACAAAGUCCCUACUGAGCUGUAUUUACAAGGUGCUUCAUGGUUGUGUUUAUGGAGCCCAGUCUUUCAGCAAUCCCAAGUAUUUUCCCCUGCAACUGUCGGACCUGUCUGGCCCCGAUUACGACCCAUUCCUGCCAUUAGAGAGCCUCAGGGAACCAGAACCUCUGCACAGUCCGGACUCGGAGCGCUCCAGCAAACUGCAGCCGGUCGCUGAAGUUCGGAGUCGUAUUCAGCAGGGCCUGGUUUCCAUAGCAGCCAGAACGGUGAUUACUCACCUGGUCAAUCAUCUAGGACAUUAUCCCAUGUCUGGAGGGCCUGCAACUCUUUCCAGUCAGGUGUGUGAAAACCAAGACAACCUUUUCUGUGAGAGCAUGGACCUGGGACCAGAACUUUUUCAUUCACCCAACCUGCAGUUCCUCGUUUUUAACGGUUCCACUCUGCUCUCGGUGCUUCAGAUCCGAUCGGAGUCUGAUGUUCCCGGAGGUGGAAUGACAGCUGGUUUGUCCUCCGCCUCUGCAUGCGUUCGCGUCAUCAUCCGAGAUGUGGCCGGAAAGCACUCCUGGGACUCUGCCGUUCUGUACGGGCCUCCGUCAUGCUCCACCAACAGCCCGGCACACUCGCUUUUGACUCAUUUACAGUCCCCUCACAACAAAGACCUGCGUUUACCGAGCCCAACAGGAGGCCCACCAAACAAUGUAGGAGUAAGAACAGAAGAUGGUGAUGAUGAAGGCCAAGAGGAGAGGUGCAUGGAGGAGGAACGGAGUGAGGAUGAGGAGCCAGACUAUCAGGGGGAAAGGGACGGAGAAGGGAUGAAAGCCAGCGGAGAUAAAGAGGAGCAAAGAGAAUGUGAAGAUUCUGGGGAAGCAGAAGGCGGUUUGGUGGUGGAGGAGGAGAGCAGCGAGCAGCAACUGAAAGAGGAGCCAGGCUCUGAACAACUACUAGCGCCACCGCAGGCUAAACGUGUGUGUCGGGAGGCGGUGCCAGCGUGGGAUUCACUGAGAGAAGGGGACGAUGCGCUGGAUGAAAUGCUACAGUACUUGGGAUACUCUAGUCCUGAGUGUCUGCAGAGAGCAGGAAUGCCACUCAACAUCCCAGCCGCUCCUCCUACAUGUGUCACGGAGAAGCAGGAGAACGACGUCAUCAAUGCCAUCCUCAAACAGAGUGCUGCUGAGAGAGAGUUUGUACUUCAUAGGGGCGAGGAGCUGAACAUGAGAGCCGUGCAACAAACUGAACCAGAGACUCAGACGCCGCAGUCCGCCUUCUACUACUGCAGACUCCUGAUCAACAUCCUCGGACUCAACUCCUGGGAGAAAAGGAGUAAUUUCCAUUUGCUGAAGAAGAAUGAGAAGUUACUGAGAGAGCUGAAGAACCUGGACUCACGGCAGUGCCGUGAAACCCAUAAAAUUGCUGUAUUUUACGUGGCUGAAGGUCAAGAAGAUAAACACUCCAUAUUAACAAACACUGCUGGCAGCCAGGCUUAUGAAGACUUUGUGUCGGGUCUUGGCUGGGAGGUGGACCUCACCACUCACUGCGGCUUCAUGGGAGGUCUUCAGAGAAACCGCAGUACAGGUCAGACGACCCCAUACUACGCCACAUCCACCACGGAAGUCAUCUACCACGUGUCGACUCGCAUGCCCCACGACCAGGACCAGAACCUCACUAAGAAGCUUCGACACCUGGGCAAUGAUGAAGUCCACAUCAUUUGGUCGGAACAUUCCAGAGACUACCGUCGAGGGAUUAUCCCCACUGAAUUCGGAGACGUGUUGAUCAUCAUCUACCCCAUGAAGAACCACAUGUAUUCCAUCCAUAUACUGAAGAAACCGGAGGUGCCCUUCUUUGGUCCGCUUUUUGACGGUGCCAUCGUGGACAUGAAGAUUUUACCCACCAUGGUCAGAGCCACCGCAAUCAAUGCCAGUCGAGCUCUGAAAUCUCUCAUCCCGCUCUACCAGAACUUUUACGAGGAGCGAGCCCGCUACCUGGAAACCAUAGUGCAGCACCACCAGGAGCAAACUACAUUUGAGGAUUACGCUGCUCGGGUGUAUAGCCCGGCUCCCUGCUCCCACUUACCCUCUGACCCAGGCUCCUGCCUAGAGAUUCUUCGGGGAGAAAGUCCGGCUCUUGGGGAGGCCGGGAGCGACUCGGCGUCCCCCAUGUCUCCUCGGACUAGCAAAAGCCGCAUGUCGAUGAAGCUGCGACGGUCGUCUGGAUCUGCCAACAAGACCUGAGUUUCCUCCGUAUUUAUCAAUAGAUUAAAAAAAAAUAGAUUUUGUAAAGCAAAAAAAAAGGUAAUUGGCUGCAUCAUUA